AUGGGUGCCAAGCAGUCCAAGGAGGAGGAGAUGAAGAGACAGGUGAGGAAGAGUGCCGGGCGUGAGGACAGCUUGACGUCAGUGGAGCGGAUCCCCAACCACACAUACAAACAGUGGGGCUACAGUAGGCUGAGCCUGGCCCGCCUCAGCCUCAAGGAACCCCCAGAGGAAGUGUGGGAUGUGACGAAGCUUGAGAAGCUCAAUCUGUCGUUGAACUGCCUACGGGCUCUGCCCCCUGCCCUUAGCAUCCUCAGCAACCUGGUGGUCCUCAACCUGAACCAGCUGACCAGCCUACCCCCGGAGAUCGGCCAACUCGGGCACCUCCGUGUCCUGUUCUGCUACCGCAACCGGGUGACUGAGGUCCCAGAGGAGCUGGGAAACUGCACUAGGCUGGAGGUCCUCAACUUGACCAACAACAAGAUAUCUGGCCUCCCUGCUUCCUUCACCAGCCUGACCUGCUUGCGCAAACUCAACCUCAGCCACAACAAAAUUGUUCACUUCAUCUACACCAUGAAGAGUCUGGUGUUCGUCCACCUGGCCUGCAACAGGCUGGAGUGCAUCGCCGAUAGCAUCGCCGAUAGCAUCGCGGCGCUGGUGGAGCGCAAGAUCCUCAUUGUGGAGGGAAACGAGAUCCACUCGCUCCCCAAGAUGAUCUGCUGCCUGACGCGCCUCUAG